AUGAACGGCAACAGUAGCACAGCAGUGGUAGAGAACUCAUUAUUCUCCUUGCACUGUGACUCGUCGUCCUACCACCAUCCAGAAGAAGAACAUCACAACCACCACCACCACAACAGCUACAUGUUGGGCUGGAUCGACUUGAUCAACUCGUUCUGUAUGAGCGUGGCACUCAAGAUUCUGUUUCAACAAGAGAUUCCCAAAGAAGAACGAUGGCGGUUCUUUCGAGCCGUCGGGCCGUAUCUUGGGUCUUGGUGGAUCGCCCAGCUGAUUCUCAUGAUUCAAACGAGUCUUCCCGAGCCAGUGCAAGACCUACUAAAAGGCCAGGCACUGGAAUAUGCUCUGCUGUCCGUGUCAGUACCAGGCGUGUUGUUGACGGCUGCGGGAGCUUUCAAGUACGCCAGGGUGCCAAUGGGUUCUGUCGCGGCAACAGAAGAUCUAUCUUUUUCGGAAGCGUCACCACAAGGUCGUCCAGUACCAUCUCGUUGCAGAGGAGGCGAAGGCGAGUCUGACGAGGAUCCCUCUAUGCUGAUUGGCAUUGAGAUUGAGUUCACGUCAUGA